GACACUUUCUCAACCCUUUUUCAGAUCUGCAGAAUGUCUAAACGUCGUGCUUCGGACCGAGGGGCCGGAGAGACUUCCGGCAGACCCAGCAAGCUCCUUUGUCCUGGGAUAUCUGGCAACAAUGCUAAAAGAGCCGGUCCCUUUGUUUUAGGCCCACGGCUGGGAAACUCUCCUGUGCAGAGUAUAGUGCAGUGUCUAGCCAGAAAAGAUGGGACAGAUGAUUUCUACCAGCUAAAAAUUCUCACCCUGGAAGAACGUGGGGACACAGCAGGAGAGACACAGGAAGAAAGGCAAGGGAAAAUGCUUCUGCAUACAGAGUAUUCUUUAUUGUCACUGCUCUCAAACCAAGAAGGAGUGGUGCACCAUCACGGCCUCUUCCAGGACCGCUCCUGUGAGAUUGUCGAGGACAUGGAGGCCAACAAAGUGCGGAAGAUGAAGAGACGAAUCUGUCUGGUGCUUGACUGCCUCUGUGCCCACGACUUCAGUGACAAGACUGCCGACCUCAUCAACCUGCAGCAUUACGUCAUCAAAGAGAAGCGACUGAGCGAACGCGAGGCCAUCGUUAUUUUCUAUGAUGUGGUGAGAGUGGUGGAGGCAUUGCAUAAGAAGAACAUCGUGCAUAGAGACUUGAAGCUUGGAAACAUGGUGCUUAAUAAACGGACCCAUCGGAUCACCAUCACAAACUUUUGCCUUGGCAAGCAUUUGGUGAGUGAGGAAGAUCUGUUAAAGGACCAGCGAGGCAGUCCAGCCUACAUCAGCCCAGAUGUCCUGAGCGGUGAGAAUUCAGCUUCUGCGUGUGUGUGUGUGUGUGUGUGUAUGUUUAUGUGUGUGAUUCACAUGACUCACCCUCCAUGUCACCACUGUAAUCAAAGCUCAUACUCAUCAACGACUCGAUACCAAAACUCUUCCCUUAAGCUUGUCAUGGCCUUGAGCAGAUCUCAGCAGCAAUCUGUGUCCUUGCUGAGUGGCCCUCUACAAGUGGUGCCGGACAUAGAUGAUCAGCUUAACCACCCCGAACAUCUUCAGGAGGUGAAAGUGACAGAGGAGUCGUCUCAAUAUGAAUUUGAGAACUACAUGAGGCAACAGCUCUUGUUGGCGGAAGAGAAGAACACUAUCCACGAGACCAAGAACUUCCUCAGCAAGAGGCAUUUCGGUAACGUGCCUCCGGUGAGGCGCCUUGGCCACGAUGCUCAGCCCAUCAGUCCUCUGGAUGCCGCAAUACUGGCCCAGCGCUUCCUCCGGAAGUAGCACCGCCAUUUUGCCCAGAGGCGGGGGUCACUGGGAGUGGAGCGAGCCAUGGAACUGGGCGUACACUUUUAUGUACGUUUGCGCGCGCGCGUGUGUGUGCGUGUGUGUGUGUGUGAGCAUGCAGCGUGAGUCUGGCAGUCACAAACAUGGGCCAAGGAACAGCUCAGCGCUCUGUUGCUCCAUUCAUCGGCCUAGGACACAAACUCUACCUAUGGGCGGCACACAGGUCUAAUGAGACUCUGACCACCAACAUCAUCUCCACCAUGCCAAUCCUUGUCCAAAUCUGACACACACACACACUCUCACAGACACACACAUUUUCUGCAAUACCCCAACAGAAUCAUGUAGCAGAUCACACACAACCACCCUUUUCCCAUCCGCCUCUCCCCCAGCACUUUUUACAGGAACGCCUCGGAUCACAUGAUCAACCCUUUUGUUCUGUUCCCCUCAACCAGUUCGUCUGUUCCGCUCCCAUCUGUAUCUAUGACUGCAAAUCUACCUCUUACCAUUUUUUCUAUCUCUCUAUUUCCUCCUUUCUUAGUCAGUUUUUAACAACGCUCUCCGUUCUUAUGAAAGCAGGACUAAUUAUGUUGAGGGGAAACGCACAGGCUCGAGCAUUAGCAUUGUGGUUGUGUAACUAUUCUGUGUCAAAACCAGUGAUUGGUUUUUCCUCACAAUCUGAAUAAGCUUCCCCCCCCCUCCUCUCCUACUAAAAUUGUAGCAUUUAAGUAAGAUUAUUCUCUUUUUUUUCUAUUGAAGAUGUUAAGUAUCACAAGUUAGAAAGCUAAAAACCUCAUAUUACUGAAAUCAUAGCUCUCCAUGGAAUGUUUCUCCUUCCUCUAUUUGCAUGGGUUUCUGUUGGCAGCUAGCAUCUGUGUCUGGAUGCAUAAAAC